CUUCAUCGGAAUGACAUCUUUCUUUGGUGUUGACCGCUUUUGACAUUUCCAAGUGACCUCAGAAGAGUGCGAGAUAUGCAUCCUUCUCCAAAUACGUCUUAGUUGGCUGGGUGAUAGAUGUUGCCAAACAAAUCUCUUCUUUGAACAGCAUUCACUGUUGACCGUUACCAAGAUUACCAUAACUGUUCAACCUUGCACUCUUGAGUUCUUUCUCCAUAAAUCCAAUUCAGGCCCUCAUCCUCUCUUCAGAACCCACUUGCUCAAUGUGGAUUUCACGACUUACACGACGCUUCAAACUUGACCACUUCAGCCGCUCCAGUCUCCUGCACUUCUGCGGAAUGGUAAACAAUGAAGCUGACGCCCAUCAAAAUUAGAGGCCGCCGCGGCCGCAAACAACCUUGGCAACCUCCAAAUCCGGAGCGUUUCAGGCGCAAGUACCUGGAUGGUGACGAGGACGAGUUCGACGAGGAAACUGGAGUCAUUCCGAGUCAAGUCGACAAAAAUGGUGUUAGACGACGACGUCGCGUCAAGACGAGAAAGCCGGCCGCUCUUAUCGAGCAGCUGCCGCCUGAAAUCCUUGAGCGCAUCUUCUCCAUGUCCGAGAACCUCAACUUUCCCAGGAGUAGUCUUCGCAUUGGCUACAUGCUCUCGGCCAGGACCUUCCUUAUGCAGCUGAUUGUCGAUGCCUUCUCUCCGACGUGGGACAUGUGGUUUGGCUGUCCCAGGAAGGAUAUCCAGUCAUAUAGGGGUUAUGAGAAGGAUGGUGAGAGAAUGCCUGGCAGUCCAGAUUUCCAGACCGCCAUCCUCUCCUCCAAAUGGUUCUCCCUCUCUCUCAUCCUCCACGCCCAACAAGUCUGGAUCCGGCGUCACGGCUCUGCCUCCCGCCCCUUCAUUCACACCGAGAACUGGCUCAUGCUCGGCCCCACGCGCAUGGAACUUGAUCGUGACCUGAUAUCAGGUCCCCGCCCUGGUGAAAUCCAAGAUUACGACAUGGAUGAUGUCCGCGAUGUUUAUCCUCACCACCCUCACCACCGCCUGCACUUCGACGGUGACGUCUUCGACGACUCCGGUGCCCCUUCCUCGUCCCAGUCUAAUACCAAACUGGACGUGGAAAUCUGCUUCGAAGCCGAUUGGUCCUGGUUCACCACUAUUCUUCCCAAAUUCGACCCCCAAGGAGUUAUCUAUAGCAUGGAAAAUCAUGCCUUGCGCACGGGGUAUUGGGAUAUUCACCCGGCGACCAAAAUCCCUAAUCAUCUGCUGGCGAACCCGGUGGCCAGUUGGGAUUCCGUCAAGUUGUUGUAUUGGUUGGUCAGAGGUGGUGCGACGUUAUCGAGCGAGCAAACCUGGGAACUCACCAAACUCGGCUACGAACGCCUAAUGUCCCACCCCGACCAUCCUUCUACUACCAUCACAUCCUCUUACACCCCUCAUCAUUCCACCCUCCCCACCUCCCGCCCUUACAUCCCCCACGCCAACCUCCCUCCCGACGCCCGCCGCGAUGAUCUAGAUGAGGACCAAGAACGGGAACAAAUGUCCCUCAUCGCUCUUCGGCUCUUCUCCAUCCUGCGCGUCUUUGGCCCCAACCACUGGCCCCAUUUCCUCAUGAUCGAGAAGCUGGAGGAGAUCAGUGUGGAGCGGCAGAAGCGGACUGCCUAUUCGGACUCGCAGAAACCGGCCUGGAAGCUGUGGCUGCGCGCCCAGUCUGUUUUGCGGCAUUGGAUGCAGCAGAGGGGAGAGGAGCAUGAGGACUGAGAUGAGGAGUGAGAGAGUGUCGGAGAGAUUGGGAAGAAAUGUUGUGGCUAUGAUUUGGCUCGUUGACUGGAGUGACGAGCUUGCUCAAGUAAGGAGAAUGCGGUGGCGAUGACGUUAGAUAUUUGGCAAAGGAGAUAAACUGGAGGUGGGUAGGCAUCCAGAUCCACUAACCCUCAUGACAUUGUUCAUGAAUAAAACACUGCUUCUUUAGCAGGCGGCCUGACAAAAGAAUCCACUGCAUCUUGGCCGUCAG